UCUGCCACCAUGAGGAACAUCUUCAAGAGGAACCAGGAGCCCAUUGUGGCUCCUGCCACCACCACGGCCACAAUGCCCGCCGUCGCGCUGCCGCCGGGACCUGGGCCGGCGGACAACUCCACCGAGAGCGGGGGUGCUGGGGAGAGCAAGGAGGACGUGUUCGCCAAGCUCAAGGAGAAGCUCUUCAACGAGAUCAACAGGAUCCCCUUGCCUCCCUGGGCUCUCAUCGCCAUUGCCGUGGUUGCUGGCCUCCUGCUCCUCACCUGCUGCUUCUGCAUCUGCAAGAAAUGCUGCUGCAAGAAGAAGAAGAACAAGAAGGAGAAGGGCAAGGGCAUGAAGAACGCCAUGAACAUGAAGGACAUGAAAGGGGGUCAGGAUGAUGACGAUGCCGAGACAGGCCUGACUGAGGGAGAAGGUGAAGGAGAAGAGGAGAAAGAGCCGGAGAACCUGGGCAAACUGCAGUUCUCCCUGGACUAUGACUUCCAGGCCAACCAGCUCACCGUGGGCGUCCUGCAGGCCGCGGAGCUCCCUGCUCUGGACAUGGGCGGCACCUCCGACCCUUAUGUCAAAGUCUUCCUCCUGCCGGACAAGAAGAAGAAGUACGAGACCAAAGUCCACCGGAAGACACUGAACCCCGCCUUCAACGAGACCUUCACGUUCAAGGUGCCCUACCAGGAACUGGGGGGCAAGACCCUGGUGAUGGCCAUCUACGACUUCGACCGCUUCUCCAAGCACGACAUCAUUGGCGAGGUGAAGGUGCCCAUGAACACCGUGGACCUCGGGCAGCCCAUCGAGGAGUGGCGAGACCUGCAGGGAGGGGAGAAGGAGGAGCCAGAGAAGCUGGGAGACAUUUGCACCUCCCUGCGCUACGUGCCCACGGCUGGCAAGCUCACCGUCUGCAUCCUGGAGGCCAAGAACCUGAAGAAGAUGGACGUGGGGGGCCUUUCAGACCCCUACGUGAAGAUCCACCUGAUGCAGAAUGGCAAGAGGCUCAAGAAGAAGAAGACGACGGUGAAGAAGAAGACCUUGAACCCCUACUUCAAUGAGUCCUUCAGCUUCGAGAUCCCCUUUGAGCAGAUUCAGAAAGUGCAGGUCGUGGUCACCGUGCUGGACUAUGACAAGCUGGGCAAGAACGAAGCCAUCGGCAAGAUCUUUGUGGGCAGCAAUGCCACGGGCACAGAGCUUCGGCACUGGUCCGACAUGCUGGCCAACCCUCGGAGGCCCAUCGCCCAGUGGCACUCGCUUAAGCCCGAGGAGGAAGUGGACGCACUGCUGGGCAAGAACAAGUAGGCCGCAGCCCGGGAGCCCGCUCUUCACGGAC